CAGGGUCCCGUCCGCCUUGUUCAGCAUGGGCGUGUCCUCGUCCGCGUCAUCAUCGUCGUCGUCCGAGUAGCCGUCAUCGUAAUCUUCGCGCUCGGCAUCCGCGUCCUCGUCGGAGCGCUGCAGCACCGGCACAUCUUCUGUGCGCCCCGAGGACAUGGCAGGAGGGCCCGCAGGUGUGCGUUUUGCGCGUCUCACUGGGUCUCAACUGUUCCAAGAAAACGUAUGCGGCGUCCAGGUAGAGAGCCGAAAUAACCACGGACAAUGAAGACGGUUGGGUGUAUUGACAAGCGAGGCCUGCGAGACUCGACGCUGUUGGCCACAAAACAAAUGGUUGCAAGCCAGAGAGUUGCCGACAAGAUGGUUGAAGAGGUGAAGUGGAAUUGGAUCCAUGGAAAAGAACCGCCAAGGCGACGUCGGGCUAAGUGCCGACGGGCCGGGGCGGGUCUAUGCCGUGCGGCAGAGAUACCAGGAAUCGAGCGCUACAGAACUGACCGACCUUUACUCGUUCCUCAGAAAGGUCACACGUACACAAGGAGCAAGCAUGCACACAAGAGUCGGUGCAAAUCUUCGCCGUCGAGCAGAAGCAACUCGCUCUAUUUGGCGCUCGCGUGUGGCCGCAAUAUUUCAGAGGCGCUUGACGAGGGCAUGUCGCCGCAAUACAGGCCGAUCCCGGCGCCGGGACCGAGUAUCCGCAGUUCUUUGUUACUCCUCAUCUCACGGUGAGCCGAGCCCGGUCGGUACAAGUAACGGCGGAGCUUAGUAGACUUCGAUCGCACAUCACCUUCAACUGGAAAGUCUAUUCUCGGAAAACUAACACGACGGCUCUGUAAUAACCUAUGGGUACCAGAGUAUCCAACACUGAAU